AUGCGGCCGUCGGCUGAACCACCGCCUCCGCCGGUCAGCGGGGCCGCCACGUCCAGUGUCUGCAACGGCAGCGCCGCCGGCAAUGUACAUAGCAGCAGCAGAGUCAAUGUUUCUUCUUCGGAAGGUGUCCCGUCGGCCACGGUGACAGCUGAGCCGCCGGCCGAACCGAAGCGUCCAGCGUACGAUCCAGCCCUCACCGAGCGUAUCAAUCCCUUCGACAAGGACAAGAUACUGGCCAGCACCACCACCACCACCACCACCACCGUCGGUGGCCAGCCGGUGGGCUUUACCACAACUAGCAGUAAGAUCACAACCAACGACGACCACGAUCGUUACAAAAUACAGCAAGGUAUCAGGGAACAACCAUCGCUAGCCGGGCGCUUCCAGCCAGCCGCUUCCGGUGGUGGUGUUGGUGGGCUGGCGGGCGGAGCCACUGCAGCGACGGUGGCCCCAGCACCACCCCAGUCUACGUCUACCUUCCCCACUUCCGCGCCCGCCACCGGCUUCAGUGCCCCGUUCUCCGCCGCGUCGGGGGUGGCGUCCUCGGCCGCGACCUCCGGCUACUCGAGCGCGGCCAGCACCGGCCACUCGACGCCGGCUACCUCGGCGACCGAGCAGAAGAAGCAGGAGUUCGGUCGGACCAAGCGCGCCUCCUCCGACGCGGAGAUCAUCUUCGGCGGCCUCGGCAGCGGCGGCGGCGGCGGUGGCAGCGGUAGCGGCAGCGACUUCUACAGUUCGCGCUUCGGCCGCAAUGGCAGCCGCGGGGAGUUCCGGCAGCGGACCGAGUCGCUCAGCGAUGCGGAACUUAUCUUCGGCACGAGCGCCGUCACCGGCCCCAGCACGCCGCCCGUCGUUGGCGGCGGCGGCAGCGGACCGCCGACGGCGACCAGCGCUUCGCCGUUCUCGCCGGCCGCCACCGCCAGCACCGGAUCGGGCGCCAAGAGCCGGUUCGGGUCGUACGGUAGCCGCGACAGUGCCAGCUUCAGCAGCACCGCGUCCGACUCGGACUUCAUCUACGGCCGGAAGGACACGCGGAGCGUGUCGCUGGCAGGCAACGGCAGCAGACCGUGGGCCCGAGCGCCUCAAAGGGGCGAAGACGGCGGUGACGACGACGACGACGUCGAUCUGAAGUGA